GGCCUGUCCGAUGCCGUCGGCUCUCUCUGGCUCCGAGCAGGUGUUCCUGGCCCUGAAGCUAUCCCUUGCACCGGGCCACGCUUCUCAACUGCCGUAGCCAUCAGGUUGUCACGUCAGGCUAAACCGCAGCUGAUGGCGUGCUCAGGGUUGCCAGUGUGGCGGCAGAGCUGCAUUUCGGGGUUGUUCUGCCAGCUGUGCAGCAGAAGCAGGUGCUCCCGGCAGAAGGGCAGGACAGACAGCUGGGGUGGUAACCUCUUAAACUCCCCAGCGUCUGAGGUCAUACAGAGGUAGUCUGCUGCUGGCAUAUCUGUAGGGGUUUAGAGGUUUGCCUUGUCUUGUUCCACUUCACACAUGUUCACAGCAACCUCCCAGAAGCUUGAAAACAGUGCCUUGAGCUAUUACCAAACGCUGUUUUCCUCACUUAAUGUCCUCUUAACAUAGCUUUUUGUUUACUCUCUUGCUUGUGCCUCAGUCCAAUUUCAUCAGCAUGCUGCAGUCAAGCAUCUUGUGGCAGAUGAAGAUUGGAAAUGUGGGUCAUUUGCAGCUGAACAAAAAGAUGAUAUAGAAACCCCAAGUAUAGGCUGUGCCCCAUGACAGGGGGGUUAGAACUAGAUGAUCUUAAGGUCCUUUCAAGCCCAAACCAUUCUAUGAUUCUAAGGCUGUAGGCACAUAGUGCCACGCUAAAUAAACGAAGUGCUGCUUUGUCUGUGGAUUUAUUUGCAUUUUGUCAUUGCAGAUAAGAAUUUGGAAGCUCCCCCCCCGGUUCCUUUGAUCUAGUCUCAAGCAGCCAAUAAGCGUCCUGUUCAUUAAUCAUUGCCUGCUGGGGUGAUAAACCCACUCCCUGGUGACCAUGUGUUGGUCUGAGAAAGUGGUCAUAUGCUACCUUAUUUCCCUAGGUCAUGCCCUGUUGUGGGCAUGGGUUAAUUCUUGUUCAGGCAGGUCUUUUGUUACAGCACCUCCACUGUAGAAGGGAAACAUCUUCAUAAACAGUCACACGGGGAUCGUUGCAGAAAGGCAGGCUGUGACACCUAGAAGUUGUCCAGAUGACUUUGAUGAGCUUGUGGUGACUAACAAUGAUGUUGUGCUUAAAAAUAUCGCUGAAGAUUUGCGGAAUUGUUUACCCAUGGAGGCAAUGUUUAAUUCGGAACAUCAAGCUGUACAGAAAGUUUUGUUCCUCUUCUCAGAUACACCAGCAUCCACUGCCCAUGAUUCAUGUUGAUGCAUUCCUUUAUGAUGAUGAUUUUGUUGAUUCAUUGUGUGAGAAGGGGAAAAUGAGUAGGAGCUACUGCACAGAGUGUGGCUCAUACAAGACUGCAUCUUUGGAGUUUAUUUCGCAUUCCUUUUCCCUCAUGGAACUGAAGUUUCUUUAUCAACAUGUACUGCCUGACCUGACAGGAAAGGUAGUGGUUGACGUUGGCUCCAGACUUGGUGCAGUGCUAUUUGCGGGUUAUCUUUAUAGCUCAGCAUCCCAACUCUAUGGAGUAGAAAUGAAUGCAGACUUUUGUCAGUUGCAAGAAAUGAUGAUUACAAAAUACCAGUUCAUUGACAGAAUUAAGGUGGUUCACGCAGACAUCUGUACUCAGGCUUCACUUCUUCAGAAGGCUGAUGUUGUUGUAAUGAAUAAUGUCUUUGAAUAUUUUCUUGACAGACAGGAACAGGCUAGAGCUUGGGAAUUUGUUGCCUGUAAUAUAAGGAAAAGAGGGUCCUUAUUAGUGACAGUUCCAAGCCUUACAGAAUCACUUUCAAAGGUCCAGACAGAUAUACAGCUUGGCCAAUGGGUCGAAGAGAUGCAGCUGAACUAUGAUGUGUAUGUGGAAAAAGAUGUUGACAGAGAAGCACUUGAACAAAUACAUUUAUACAAGAUUCUCUAGUAGCUGGAAGAAUUUACUAGUAUCCUUGUAAUAUCAUAUAUUUUGGGUCUAAAAUGAAUUUGGAUUGUCUUGUGUGAAUAGAUCAGGUCAGCAUUCUUAUUGUGAUAAAUUUGGGUCAUAUCUGUGGUUUGUAAUGAAAGAGUCUUUUGAAACAGGUUUUUUUAUGGAGGCAUUCUGUAUCAAUGGUGUAUAUUGAUUUUUAACUAGGAGAUAUCUUUAUGGUUUAAUUUUUGCAGAAAUUUUGGAGAGAGUGGGUACGUACGGAUGCUAAAAGAAGUUUUAUUCACUGCUAAUGUUUGCUAAAUGUGUCAAACAAGAAUAGCAAAUAAUAAUAUGAAUGUUAAGAAUGCAUUUAGCAUGUUACUUGAAAGCUGCAGUAUGUUAGAGUUUGCUGUUUUGUUUUGAUACAGACCAUUUAUUAUCAGUAAUAAUAUUUAUUAUUAACUGUAUUAUCUUUAAUGUUCCUUCUGUAGAAUUUGUGGAUUUCUUUCCAGGGUCUGUUUGAUAAUCAGAGCAUCCACUGGCAUCAGUUAUGAGAAGCAAGUCCUUCCAUUUAGUUAGUUAUCCUUAAGGUGGGUAUUAACAUAAAAAAGCAAAAGACAUUGAGGAGCCAUUGAGAAUUAAUACAGUGAGUCUGGGACAACAGAACUCUGUUCCACUUCCUGCACUUCUGCUGGGGAUGGUAGGAAGUGUAAUAAGGGGUUAAGAAGCUGAAAAUUCUGAACAGGUGUCACAGCUUAGCGGAGGCUUGGUGGUGGCGUAAAACAUUGGAAAUUCGUAACAGAGCCUCCUCGGAGAGGAAAGAUCCACAUACGCCCACCACAUUUACAUUUAGAUUGUACGUUCUAAGGAUGUGAAGCUUUUAGUCAGCUGAAGAAUGUUUCAGUUUUUAGCAAACAUUAACAGUCUGAGUGCAAAAAUAUGAACUUCAGGAGUUUGGACAAAGUGUGCUGGGAAUUUAGAAGCACUGUUAAAAGUUUGCUACACAACUUAGGUCUAGUGCAAGCAGGAAAACUUUAAAUGGGUUUCAAGUCUUCAAAUGAUUUACAGGUCAGUGAACUUAAUAUACACUGUAAGCAAAAAGGAACAGUGGCCAUUAGGCACUCACAAACAUAGUAAGUAAAUGGUACUGUAGAAGGGAUAGUGAAUUUUAACAAGUCUUAUUUUCAUGUUCUGUUUGAAGUGAAAGAAGAUGUUUUUACCUUGAGUGAUACUGAACCACUAUGUUGAAUCUUGCAUUUAAAAAUUAACAAAGAUGGAAAGCUUUUUCUUAAAAAUGUUUAUUUUCUUAAAGAACAGUAACUGAA